UAUGUUGGCAAUCGCUAUCCGAAGUGACUUCGUAUUUUCCCAGCUGUAAGUUGCCUGCAUUGGUAGGUCCAUGACUGAUCAUAAUAUUGUAUCUGUGACUGGUAAUGUGGUAUGUUGGUAACACAAAUUAUACCAGCGGGUGUUGGUUAUCCAUGUGUUAUGGUUUGUAGUGUGUUGUGAAGGCUUGGUGAUUUUUGUUGUACUGUAGCAUGGGGCGGUUUAGGUGGGACCGUGUAAGAACUAUUAUGAGAAAAUCCACAAUACGGAUAAAACCUCUGAAGUAUGAACAAGAAUACACUGACACUCCUCAGUAUCCACCAAUAUUGGAUAUUUCUUAUGAAGCGCGUAUAGAACGUGAGAAAAAUGCAUGGCACGAGAAAAUAAAGUCACUUAAAACUGUUGAAGAAAAGCUAUUUGAAAUCAAUAUGCCUAGGUAUUAUGGUUGGAAGCCAAUAAUGUUAUGGGAAGAAUUAAUACCGUACAACGCAAUGCCUUUUGCUCAGCAUGUUACUAGGACACACUUCAAGGAAUUUAAAGAUUUGCCUCAUUAUUCUACCGGUCUUGAAGAAGAGUCACAUAAACUACUGGGGCAGAUUAAACCAUGGAUCGAGGAGGCACUCAUCUUCGAAUAUAAAUACAGAAGCCGGAAGCAUGAACAUUUGAACAAUGAAGAAGAUCCCAUAACCUCCAUCAGUUUGGAUAAUAUUAUGGGACGCUCCAUUGUACAACAGAUCAACAGAAUUUUAUUGGGAACUCUGUCAAAUAAAGUUCCUCAUCUCCUGAAAUGUCAGGUUGAAACAGAUCCACGAGUUGAAUCAUUUUGGAGUGCUGGUGGGAUGAAUCCACCAACUUUUCUUAGACUACGAAAAGAAAAAGUUCCCUGGCUCAAGGAUGCAGCUGACAAACCUGUUGACAGAUGGUUUCAGUAUCUAGGUUCACCAGUUCUCCAAUUGCGACAUGAGUUACCUUUACCUGCUAUUGUUCAGAUGCACGAGUCUGAAAGCCCAGACUUUGAUGUUCCAUUUUUUCGAUAUGAUCCUAAAGUUAUAGGAUAUCAUGAAGCACGUCGAUUGGGAACGAACAUCCCUGGUUUUUGGCCAGGAGAUCCAUGUGAGUUUGGGCUGUUAUCAUAUCAUCAUCGAGGUCACAUGCAUAAACGUUUACUACAAUAUGGUGAGGAGGACAGAGCAGAAGCUGUUCAUGUUCAGGCCAUUCUUGCCUCCUAUGGUUGGCUUCUUCCUCAAGCAUGUUAUCAAGGUUUCUCAACAUUCAAUGACAUGACAUACCCUCUUGUGACACAGACCGUAAUAACCAAUGGAAAACUGUGGUCAUUUUAUGUUUACCAGCUGAACACUACUUUGGUGCACUCUGAGCAUACCGCCAACAAUCCACGUCGUAAUUUAUGCUGGGGAACACCAGAGUUGAAACUGUUUGAAGGGAUUGAAGAUGGAAGAGUUAUAGGUUUCAAUGAUGAUGUUCUAAAAUAUUUACUGAAGUUCUACUUGAAUACUCCACAAGUCAGAGAAGGUGUAGAAAUGAAGCCUUAUCUUGAUGUUGCUCAGAAGCAUAUUGCAGACAUUGCUGAAGACAAACGAAGAGAAUGGCUUGAAGUUGAAUUCAAGCACAUGUAUUCUAAUCGACCACGCCAUGUUCUUCCUUAUGAAGUAUACCAGUGGGAAAGAAUAUACAAAAUUUGGCAUAAGACACGUCCACUUGAGGCUCGAAGGAGACCAUUUGAAUUACAAAAUGUUCGUCCAAUGAUGAGACGAUACGAUGAACAUGUUCCGCAAUACAUACCCAAGAAAUUAAGAGAAAUAGGCAAACCUAAAAAGAAGUUUGAAGAUACUUACUACCCAUGAAAGAAGAAUCCAUGUAUUUGCAUUUGUGUGCAUCUUUUAUGUUGUUCACAUAGCAGGUUUAAGUUAAUAUGCCAAAGGAAAACUUGUUCCCUAAGUUUUGCAUAGAAAUAUAUCAAUUCAAGUUGGGACUGUGUGAAAGUAUGACCUCAGUUGAAUGGGUAGAUGGCUGCUAUCUUGUUUCCAUUUCAGUGAACCUGAAACUAAUUCUGUUCUUUUUGAGUAAUAAUGUUCAUAUUGGGUUUAUUCAUGUUGACUCAACCCAUUCAUUUUUUGGGCAUUGAAAUGCUAGUUUAGGCCAUUAUCCCAAGUCAUCAUGGCCAUAUAAGCACUAAUAUUUUUCAUGCUUUCACUCAGUUUGUGUUGUACAUCAGUACAUUCUAUAUAUCAUUUCUUUAAACCUUGUUAUGAAGCCUAAAAGUUUUAUAUAAUUGCCUUACAUCUGCUGGAGAAAGGAUGAAAUGCUUCUGCAUCUCUGGAAAGGUGCCAGGAGCUGACAUUGUUUGGCUAGUUCCACUUGCUUGAAUGUCGGCUACUUUUGCCGUCACUGAAUGUGUAAAUCUUUAUUUAUGCGCAGAUCAUCACUUCCAUUUCCUUUCAUUUCAGGCACCGAGGAUAGAUUAAUAUUUGUUUUUACUGGUAAUUGAAAUGCUGUAUUGAUCAAGAUGUAACUAUCUGACAGUCAUGCUGAUGAUGAAUUGUUCUCAAAAUGGUAGUAUCAAGAUGCAGUGAAGUACUUGCACUUGGUAUGACCGACUUAAUAUCCUGUCUAUCUUUGAGACUCAGAGAUAUUUAUUGGAGAAUAUGUAGUCACUCUGUAGACAUUCUGUGAUACACUGUAAAAUGAUUAAAAAUGUAUAUUAUAUA